AUGAUCUUAAGAGUUAGAACUAAAGAUGGAAUGUUUAGAUUGACUGUGAACGAUGGGGGGAAGUUCAUGGACGUGGUCAAUCAAUUGUAUGAAAAGAUAGGUAGUGUUGAAAAUUUAACCAUUUCAGAUAAGCCUGGAGAUAAAGGAAAAAGUGUAGUAGAAUUUGGUGAUUUGGAGGUGAAGGAAAUGGGUUUAAAGAAUGGGGACAUGUUAUUUGCAUCUUAUGAAUCUGGUAACAAGCCUGCAAAUGAUAACGAUGUUGACAUGAAUUCGGGCUCAGUGAGUAUUAGUAAACCUUCCAUAGCACAAAGUAAAACUGCUGUUAGUGGCAAAGCUUUUGAAGAAUUACCUAUCGAUAAGUACCUUGAUUCACAAAAUGGUUUGAUUAAACGAAACAAAUCUAAUCUUUGUCGUCACGGUGACAAAGGGAUGUGUGAAUACUGUGCUCCUUUACCACCCUGGGAUAAGGAUUAUAAAGAAUCUCAAGGUAUCAAGCAUUUAUCAUUUUAUGCCUAUUUAAAGCAAUUGAAUGAUUCAAAGAAUAACAAGAAUAAUGCCACAAGCUACAUGGCUCCAUUGGAUGAACCAAAUUACGCUGUAGAUAAAAAAUGUACCGCCGGUCAUUUACCAUAUCCAAAAGGAAUUUGUUCUAAAUGUCAACCAUCAGUUAUAAGUCUUCAACAACAAAGCUUUAGAAUGGUAGACCAUGUAAUGUUUAGUGAUAGUUCUAUUUUGAAUAAUUUCAUUGAUAGUUGGAGAUCAAGUGGAACUCAAAGAUAUGGUAUUUUAUAUGGGAGUUACGAAAGUUAUGAUAAAGUUCCUUUAGGUAUUAAAGCCAACGUAGAGUUCAUAUACGAGCCUCCACAAUCAGAUGAAUUAGAUGGUUUAACAUUAUUGGAUUGGUCAAAUGAAAAGGAUGUUGAUGCUUUAGCUGCUCAAUUUGGAUUAUAUAAAGUGGGUGUAAUUUUCACCGAUUUGACUGAUAGUGGAAUGAAGAACGGUACUGUUUUAUGUAAACGUCAUAAGGAUAGUUACUUUUUGUCUUGCUUGGAAGUCUUAAUGGCUGGUAGAAACCAAUUGAAAUAUCCUAAUCGAACCAAAUAUUCCAAUUCCAAAGAAUUUUCAUCCAAAUUUGUUACUUGUGUAGUAAGUGGAGGUUUGAAUGGAGAUAUUGAACCAAGAUCAUACCAAGUAUCAGUAAAUGCUGAGGCAUUAAUCAAAGCAGAUGUUAUCACCAGUUCAACUCAACCAUCAAUGAUGUACAUUAAUGAAUCGAAUAAUGAACGAUAUGUUCCUGAUGUUUUCUAUUCGAAGAUCAAUGAAUAUGGAUUAGAGGUGAAAACCAACGCCAAGCCUGCGUUCCCAAUCGAUUAUUUAUUGGUGACAUUAUCUGAUUCAUUCCCGUUAGAGCCCAAACCCUUAUUUAAUUCACCUCAUGGAUACAUUAUUGAAAAUAGAGAGUUCUUAGGCGAAUCUCAAAACUUAUCAACCUUAUACAAGCAUUUGAAUAAUGAUAUUGGAGAUGGGAAAGUUUUAUUUGAUUUCCAUCUUUUAAUGUAUUUAUACAGCACAAAUAUUUUACAUAAAGAAGAAUGGGAAUUGAUUGUGAAUUUUGUUAAAAGUGGUAAUAAAGAGGAUUUCAUGAAGUUGAUUGAAAGUCCAGGAUGGAUGAGUUUGAUAACGAUUUUGGAAAAUAGUUCGUGA